ACCGGAAAUGGAAAAAAAACACAACCGAUGACGACUUGACUCCACCUCAUGAUGCCAUUUAGCAACAGAUGAGCAACGAUACAUGUUCAUUUUGGGGGCAGCCAGAGUCAAGCACAACCAUCGCCGGUGUGCCCUAAAAGACUAACUUCUGACUGUGUAAUGAUUGUCGGGGUCGCGGUGCUUCCCCUACUUCCUGCACCGUAGCCUGGGCCGAGUGUUUCCAGCGGCUUCCUCGUCCACUAACCGCGUGUUGUUGCAGCCUGGCCACUGACUUUCCCUGGCGGAUCGCUAUGGAUGUGCUAUGGAUGAUACCGCUGCUGCUGAUUCCGCUCCUGAUGUGGACCAGCAGCACGUUUGUUUUCUAUUUCAAAAAGUGCUUUUACGUCGCCUGGAUGAUGGUGUUGGCGCUAGUGGCGAUUCCCCUGUGUAUACUGAAAAGCGGGGGCAGAGACGUUGAAAACAUGAGGAUUAUCCGCGUCUUGGUUCGUCAUGUGAAGUAUUUCCUGGGUCUUCGAUUUGACGUGAGCGGUUGGGAGCAUCUGCAGACACAGGGACCCUAUGUCAUCAUCUCCAACCACCAGAGCUCCCUGGAUGUUUUGGGCCUGAUGGAGAUCUUACCAGACCGAUGCACGAUGAUCGCCAAGAAGGAGCUGAUCUAUGCCGGCACAGUGGGGCUCAUUUGCUGGCUGGGUGGCAUUGUCUUUAUCAACCGCAAGAAGACAAGCGAUGCCAAGAGUGUCAUGGCUGACGCUGCCAAAACCAUGUUAGACGACCAGAUUCGUCUGUGGGUGUUCCCAGAGGGAACGCGAAACCAGAGAGGCGACCUGCUGCCCUUUAAAAAAGGGGCUUUCCACCUGGCAGUACAGGCACAAGCGCCCAUCAUACCUGUGGUUUUCUCCUCCUACAGCAGCUUCUACCUACGGAAAGAAAAGCAGUUCAAAUCGGGGACCAUCAGAUUGAAGAUCCUUCCAAAGAUCGAGACAAAGGGGAUGACGUCAGACGAUGUUUCAUCCCUCGCUGACAAAUCCUUCAACGUGAUGCGCUCUGCCUUCCUGAACGUCUCUGACUCCAAACCCCAGAGCAACGGGCCUUUAAGGCACUGAACAUUAGCCAUGCUCCAGCCUCUUUUUUUUUUCCUCCUACGCCCCCGUCUGAGACCCAUCCCUCCCCCCCAGACAUACCCCCCUCCCCAGGUUGUCCCAUCACCUGGACACAGGACACAACGUGACACCGGUGUCUUGUCAUGAAAUCUCUUCUUGUCUCGUUGACGCCAGGUCCGGUCCGCCUCUGGCCCGACCAUACAGCACAGUCAGUCCCGACCCUCACUGUGUCUGCAGCAGCAGCACCAGCAGCCGCGCUGCUCUGCACGCCGUGAGCGGAGUGACGGACGGCGAGCCGAACGCUACAGAUGUGUGUUGUUCUUCAUGCAUGCCUUUUGGAUGGCUCUGUCCACCUUCAUCCUUGCUUUUCUCACUGGCUUUGGAAGCCUGGCUUUUUUUUAUGUCUUACUUUAUCACCAUUUUGUACUUUUUUCUUUUUUGGCCUUUCGUUCUCCACCUGCCUUCUGUUUAGCAGACUUUUUUUCUGUCUGCGGAUAUUCAUUUGUUCCUCUCAUACUGCCUUUAUUUUAGCUGUCCUUGAAUGCUCUUGCACACACAAAUACGCGCACACAGAAAUUCAAAGUACCCCAUCUCCUUCCUUCCUUUCCUUUUAGUGUGUUCUCCCUCUUUCUGCAUUCCAGUCUCUUGCCUAAAGACAAAAGGAGUGGGGUCUCCGUGAGUGGUGGAGUGUGCAGAGGUGAGAGGUCGACGCUGGUCGGCCCCGGACUUCUUAAGUUCUGUCGCUAUGAAUUCAACUCUAUCCAUAUUGGCAACUCAAUGAACAAUAACUCUAUGACAUACGUCAUGAUGUCAGAAAGCAAGGAAUUCAAGGUUACGAGAUACAGCGUGUAACAAUAGCACCCAUCUGUACUGAAUUACUGGACUUGGACUGAUCAGUUUUCAAUGUUGUGCAUUGUGGGUGUAUCAUUGUGCAUUCUUUCUGUUUGUCUCUCCAAAAAGAUUAGAAAUAACCUGUGUGCAGCAUCGAGCAACAAGUGUCUUCUCGCUGUAUUUUUGCUUUCUAUUUAUUUCUACAUCAGAGAAUCCUGUUUUUGCUGGGUUUUUUUCUAAAGAGGCUAUCACAUGUUUCUGCUGAAAGGAACUCACAAGUGAACCUAUUUAAGAUGUGUCAAAAAGGGUGAUUUCAUAUUGUGCAAUGUCCAACUCUUUUUAGCAAAACUGUUCCAAAGUGCAAGCUACCUGCUGUGCCAUGACAAAGUGUUUUGGGGAAGUUUCCACUUUAAGACCAUUAUUAUCUCACUCUGACCUGUUUAAUCAGUCAUCAAGUGAUUGAUUUCACUUUACCAAUGAUAUAAUUUCCCUUUACCAAUGAUAUAAGGUAGCUCCUGUUGUAGGGAAGAGGGUAAAGCUUUUUUAGAUCUCAAGUUUUUUUUUUACUCUCCUAUUUUAUUUGUUCUGAUUAACUUGAAGAUUCACUAAUUACUAACAGAGCUGGCAUACUUACGUCUACAUCUCAGAAGAGUUAAAAGGUUGUCCCUGUUUUUUUUUUUUUUUUUAAUAAAUAUAAAAGUGAAUAACAUUGUUUUAGUUGUAAUGUUCAGAUUCAGUUAUUACGUAUCCUCAUAGAAGAAUAUUAGAUUAGUAUUAUUAUUAUAAAAAGUUGUGGAAAUUUUGGCCUUAAGUUUGAUUGGUUGUUGUUGCACCUUAGGUUGUUCAGAUAGUUUGCUCAUGCUCAUUUUAUGUUUUGUAACAUGUACUGACAGUUUCUUCUAACUGUGAUGGUGUAAUAGGGCCAUUUUAGGUUAAAAGAAAAAAGGUUACAGAGCUGGCAGAGUGGGGUAAUUUAAAGUCCAAAUUUAAAAGGAAAAAUCUUGCUUAUUCUCUGGGAUUAAAGUCUUAGAUUUAUGUUUUAAAAAACCUCAGGUAUUCUAUCAGAUUUAAGUUGGGAAUUUACGAUGAGGUUAAAGUGUUAAAUAAGCAAGAAAGAAUUUAGAAUUUAUGUGGUAAAAUCGUAAAUUUAGAAGGAAAAAACUUGGAUAAAAACUCUUUAAACAUUCGUGUGGUGUAUUGACCAAAAAACAAAACAAAAUCCCCAUUUUUUUUCAAGUGAUUUUUUUGGAUAUUUAUGACUUUAAUCUCAGAGAAUAUUCAAGUUUUUAUUUUCGGUGAAUUUUCGAGGGGCUCUUGUAAAUUUACAACUUUAAUCUCAGACAAUAUCAGUGGCAUUUUUUCCCCAAUUAAAAAAUGUACGACUUUAAUUUAUAAUGGCUCUAAUACGCCGUCAUAUCUAACCACAUAGAACCGAAUGAACUGUUUUAGUUUACAUCCAGGUCUUAAAUUUCACAUUGCUCACUGCCUUUAUACUGAAACAUUUAUUUUGCCGCUUUUGCCCGUCAAACACCAUCUGAGAAUGUAUUUCAGCAUUCAGGAUAUUUCUGUAGUACUUAUUGCAACUUUUUUAUUUUUUGAAGUUAUUGUAUUCACGUGGGAUGUUCUAAGAAAUUUAUUUAUUUGACCAUUAAAUGUUAAAUUUGGACUGACCUGUGCGCACGAACCCUCUGAGAUGAUCAUCUUGUGAAUGGAUGUCUCUAUACUUUGGUACUAACCUGUACACUGCUGUCUAUAGGUGAAUGAUUUCAGUGAUACCUGCUGAGCUUUAAGUACAUCUGAUGGUCAGGGUUUCAUUUAUGUUCAAGGCCAGUAUAGAUUAUACCCCCCUAUUAUUACUAAUUGGUCAAAUUAUGUUUAUUUCCCUUAGUUUUUAAAUAUAUUUAUUGAGUUUUUAUCUGAAAGGGCAGAUUUGACCCUUGCAGGAAGUGGUUUGAAUGUUAUAAAGUACCAAAUUGAUCUUCCAAAAUAUGAACUACACCAUAUGAAUUUUGCUAAUGGAGUGUUUAAUCUGUUUAUUUCCUGUUCAUUUCUUUGUUAUUUUGUAAUACAAAUGUGUGAUUUGUAAGCUUUGUGUCAUGAGCUUGAACUUGUGGCGAACAGGCUCUGCGACAACCCUGCUGGUUGAUUUUUUUGGCAGUUGUUUACGAACUAAGACACUGUAAGAUAAAAAUAUUCAAAGUAUUCUGAAACUUAAUAAAGCACUUUUCAUGCUGA